AUGCAGGUUGAGAAGGGGAAGCUUAGGAACGAAGGUGGCUUCCCAGAGCUUCUUGCACCAGCGCCCGCACCUUCAGCUCUCAGUAGCAUGGCAGUCAGCCCUCUUCUCAGCGCCUUAGCUCCUCAGCAGGCAGCUGCGCCCGCAUCGAUCCCAGCCCCUGAAUUACCCCCCAUCCCCUCUGCAGAGAGACCUGCCCCCCCUCUCCAGGCACCAGGGCAUGCUGUCGCCCCAGAGGGCAGCAUGCGCAGCUCCCUGGUGGCGCCUGCCCCGAGCAACGCACAGAAGGCGCUGCUUUUUGCGCCAGCACCCAUGAGAGCAGAAGAGCUGCAGACUGCCAUGCAGGCUCCAGCAGCCAGUGGUGCCCCAGAAAGCAGCGAGCAGCCGUGCCUGCAUUUUAUGCCCCUGGGCCAAGCUGCCUCCCCGGGACAGGCAUCAGCGACACUGGAGUUCUGCAGGCAGCUGGCAUGCCCGCACAACGCCAGUGCAUCACCAGAAGCAGCACUCACAGCCGCAGAGGUACCCACACAGGGACCAGAGCCACAAUUGAGUGUUGUGAAGCCGCCAGCGCAGAAUGCAAAUGCAUCAGCACCCGCCCAGGCGCCCAUGCGUGGUGCAGCGCUGCCAUUACAGCUGCUCUCAGUUGCCCUGUCCAGGGGCCAGCUGGCAGACAUUCUGGCAGCCAACAAGGUGGAGGCAAAUGGGACAGCGAUCAUGCCGGAAAGCGCCCCUGCAUCAGCCCCCAGCCCAGUACCAGGACAGCAGCCGGCAGAGGCUACAGGACAGUCUCUGGCUGCCCAGAUCAGGUCUGGGCUCGGCGGGCAGAUUGGACUCGGACCUGUGACUGAGGUUGCGCGAUCAGCGCAGCUUGAUAUAUCCCCCAGCACAGAAAGUGCUCUGACGAGCAAUCCAGGUGUGUCAAGAGGUGUGCUGGUGAAAGAGGCGAGUGUGGAAGGACCAGGCGCAGUGGCAGAUGUGCGCGGCAUGCCGCCCGAUGCGAGGCGGCCAGAGGGUAUCCUGCGGCGCCUUGAGCUUGGCCACAUUCAUGAGCCGUUCCCAAACGCUGUAGGCUGA